UGCACCACCGCGCCUGGUUUAAUCGUUUUCGUUCUUUUCCCUCUCAGCUCUUUCUCAUCAGGGAGUCUUGAGAAUCAUCUUUUGCUCCUAGAGAUACCGAGGUGUUUCUAAUGUGGAGCGCCUCUGGCACCUGCCCUGGCCCGGCCCCGGCCCCGGCCCCGCGCAGGCCCUGCUCUUCCGGCAUUUAAGGCGCGUAGCCGGCGCGGCUGCAGCUCCGAGUAGUUGAGAGUCACAGCCGGCCGGACGCACGAAGCAGGAUGGGCUGCAGGCACAGCCGACCCAGCCGCUGCAAGCGUGCGGAAAAGGUGGAGGAGACACAGACAGAACUCCCGGAGACACUGGACAAAGAGGGAAGGAUCCUGGAAGGACGGCAUGAAGAGGCUGGACAGGCCCUGCCGACGUCAAGUGCACGGGAGAAAGACUCUUCUAGUGUCUCCGUCCAAGAGGCUAAAGCCUCAUUGCAGAACUCCUGUGCAAUGCUAGUCUCAUCACAGGAGGCCAUCCAAGCCCAGAUGAACAAGGUGGAAGGGUCCAUCCUUAGCCAGCUCUAUAAGAACCACAUCCAGGACUAUGGGAGCCCCGGCCCGUUCUGGGAGCAAGAGCUCGAGAGUUUGCACCAUGUUAUUGAGAUGAAGAAUGAGCGGAUUCAUGAGCUGGAGAAACAGCUGCUCCUGCUAGAGAUGCUGAAAGAAAAAAAUCUGAUAUUAGCCCUGAAAAACACCACCCUGCGGCAGGAGGUUGAGGACCUUCAGUUCCAAGCUGGGAACAGGCUGACCGUGUCAAGGAAGUCCAGUUUCUCAACAAGAGAAAGAGGAAACAGGAAACAGUCCACCUGAGCAGGCAUGCGUGGAAUGAAUCGGUCCUGAAGCUUUGCAGUUCCGGAAAGAUCUACUUCAGGACCUGGAGAAGGAGUCGCAAAACGGCCACUGCUGCAGCAGACGGAGGAGCCACUGAACGGUCGGAGUCCUUGGGGCCUGGGCCUCCUCCAUCUUACCCUGCCCUCUCCUGCACCUCAGAGGCCUCUGUCCUCAUCAUAUAGACUCAGGCCCUGGACCCACCGUGGCUCCCGGACUCACCACUCCCUCCAGUCUGUGGAGAAGAGGGCAAGACUCCAUUCUUCUCCCAGGGCCGACUAGGUAGGCAGGAGGAGAUGUGUAUAGGUAACAACACUGGUGGCAGAGGUUGGGCCACCAGCAUCACCCAAGAAGUGCCUUCCCUUAGUUGGCCCAGAGAACAAGCAAGUACAGUUACAGCCCCCACCUGGUGCUUAUGAGGGCAUCCAAGACUUCGCCCACGGCAGCUGGCGCCACUUUGAUCAUCUGACAAAGGGGACAGUCCCCACUCCCAGAUCAACAGCUUUACAGGCAACUCACGGACACAUCCAAGUUCUUCUAACUACACCCGUAAUUCUCACUUGAAGAAGAACUGUGAACGACGGCAUCCCAAGAGAGAGGAAUACAGUAUUGUUUUUGUUGAGAUGGGGUCACGCCACGUAGCCUAACCUUGAACUCAAAACCCCCACGCCUCAGCCUCUUGCGCACUGGGAACACACGGGGCAUGCGCCGCCACACCCAGCGGGAUGAAGAGCUGAUUUGCUGCCGUGCUCAGCACUGUGAAUGUUUUUAAGUAUGUGUAGCUCAGGUCUGAAUGUGAAAAUUAAAUCUUUUGUUAAAAAU